AUGGCGCCGCCCAAGUCACUUAGCGCCUUCAUACUGGCGUUGGGCUUGUCCUUGGGAGCCAACGCCGGUCCGUGUAUACCCCAUGCAUCUUCAGCAUUGUCAUCUCAGUCAUUCGAGACCACGAGCACAGCUGUAGUCGAAACCACCUUUUCCUCGACUUCUGACACAACUGAUCUUUCCUGGACAACUUCAACUGAGAAGUCCCUCGCUUCAACUGCUACGGAAUCAGAUGUCUCAGAUACGACAACUCUUGAGUCUUGGUUUUCUUCUUCGAGCGAGGAUGGAGAACAUCUCACCAGCACCGUGACAACUGAAACUGGUUUUGUUUCAACCUCUGAUGAAGCAAGUAACUCUUGGAGCACUACAUCGGAUCUUACGUUUACUUCCUCUACGAUCGUCAGCGAGACCGAAACCUCGACUACGAAAGAUACCAGCAGUUCUACCAGUACUCUCUCUGAGUCCUCCUCGACAUCUGAUCCCGAAUCUCUGACGGCAUCGACCUCCCAAGCAGUCGAAUCUUCAACGACGACUACCAGCGAAGCCCCAGCCACGACUACUCAUGCAGGACCUCGCCUUGGGUUCUUCAAUGGCGGUUUUGAAGAUCAAACUGUUGAUGGGUUACCCUGGAUUAUUGGAAGAAGUGUUGAGAUCAAGACUGACCCUGCAAAUGCCCAUGGAGGAGAGCGCUAUGCCCUGACACGGUUCCCCAUUACUGGCACAGGCCGUCCCGUAUACCCUCUGAGGCAGACCGUGACUGGCAUUGACGGAACCAAGAAAUAUCUCCUCACUUUUUACUGGACAUUUACAGACGCUGGAUCAAUCGCGGGUAUAACUUGCGACUUUUACACAUAUGUCCAGACCUUACUGGAGGGUAGAACCUACCGGAAUCCUACGCAGCAGGUGAACCACUACAUCAAAAGGCAGCUAAUUGCCAGUUUCCCUGCUAGUACUACUACUGCGGAUAUACUGUUCUAUUGGAAGUGCUCUUCAACUUCACCGACGUGGGCUGGUGCCGAGGUGCGCAUUGACGACGUGAGCUUUGUCGAAUACGAACCUCCAUGCACUCUACGCGACGCACCAUCUGAUGGGUUGAUAUGUGGGAGUGUUGGGCGAUUCAACAACCCUGCGGCCGAGUCAUAUCUGAUUGACUUUUCGUCAGAUUGGUUUAACUUCGACUUUUGUGCACAAGCCUGCGCAGGCACACAAGGAUGCAAGACUUUCGUCCACGCUGGUAUUACUAUAGGUACCUGUAAGCUAUACUCGGCAACACCUCAGGAACUGGACUUCCAAGAGUCAGCCGGCGGUUACCGUGUGAACCAGCCCGAGUGCUAUCAGUGUCAGCCAUUGGAUAGUGAUUAA